UUCAGAGAGGGUAUCGACCGGGGCAGGGACCGGAAAAGUCAACGAUACGCCGGAAGCCUGUCCCAAGUCGCGCGAUAUUAGGCCUAACGAGAUUUCCAAACGUUCUUUUCCCCGGAACAUCAGGCAAGAUGGCGGAUACUGAGAUCAAGAAGAAGCGUACCUUCAGGAAAUUCACCUACAGAGGUGUGGAUCUGGACCAGCUCCUGGACAUGUCCUAUGAGCAGCUGAUGCAGCUGUACUGUGCCCGCCAGAGGAGGAGGCUGAACCGUGGCCUGCGCCGCAAGCAGCAAUCCCUCCUGAAGCGCCUGCGCAAGGCCAAGAAAGAGGCCCCCCCCAUGGAGAAGCCAGAGGUGGUCAAGACCCACCUGAGGGACAUGGUCAUCCUGCCUGAGAUGGUUGGCUCCAUGGUUGGCGUGUACAAUGGCAAGACCUUCAACCAGGUUGAAAUCAAGCCCGAGAUGUGUGGUCACUACCUGGGAGAGUUCUCCAUCACCUACAAACCAGUCAAGCACGGUCGCCCUGGUAUUGGAGCUACACACUCUUCUCGUUUCAUCCCUCUGAAGUAGAAUGGCUGUUUUCUUUGUAUAAAUAAAAAGCUGGGUUUCCCACAUGA